GGAAAUGGCUUUGAUUUCCGUACCAAGAGCCCAUCGUUACACCUCCACCGUGCAAAUCUACAGAGCCUUCGCUGCGCUAAGGAAAACCUUGAAACACACAGGUAAAGAAGACCGGGUAUCUUUAUGCCACCGGAGCUCCUCUCUGCCACCAGCCCAAUCAAGACUCAGGCCCCACCAUUCAUUCUAUAAAAAAUACCAUUCAGAAACUGGGAAUGAGGCUCAUCUUCUCAGUGAACCUGCGUCCUCCCAAACAGCUGCGUGGGACCGAUCUGAACGGGAUAAUGAACGCACUAACGAACAACCGUUUCGCAACAGGAUAAGCGAUGUCACUUCACCCGAGCAAGGGGUUGGGCUCAUCGGUAACCUGCAGACCCCGUCCGGUACAACUUUGCCGCGGGUUUGCGAGCCGGAGCAGAACGGGCAGGGUCUGAGAUGGCCUAAAGAAGGGCUAGACGGCGAAGUCCUCGGCGCGGUACGCUUUCAGUGUGGACACGAAUCUCCCAACCCGUCAGACACCGGACUGCUGACUGCUUGGAAAGUUUUGACUCGGCUGCCCGUGGAACCCCAGAGUGGCUUAAUAGGGCGCCUGGUGGCAGAGAGCCAACACCGGCUUGAUGAAGGACACUUGACAGUUAGUAGUCUCUGUAUGCUGGGAGAAAGUUUGCUUGAAAUCCAGGGCGCAGACAGCGCCAUGCUAGAGCAAGUCGUCCAGCAGCUUCAGGAAAAAAACCUGGACAGAUGUUCCCCCGAGGAAACAGCCUUGGUGUAUAGGCUGCUUCAGGGGGCUGUCAGGGAGGUAGGGCAGUACCAAGCUCUUCUGAAUCGAAUGAACAAUUUCUCCCUGUCUUUAGUUUCCAAACUGAGCCCUAAGUUGACAAGCCUAAUACUUCACGCUUUGGUCAGCCUGGACCAGAUACAGGCCCGCCGUCUGAUGGUAAAGCUGGCUAAGCACUCUGCGAGGUACAUCCCUCGCUUCACCCAUGAAGAAUUAGGAAAAGUGUUAGAGGCUUUCAUUCACUUCGGGCACAGUGACGGGAUCUUCACAGAAGCUCUGGAACGACACGUUUCGGUCCGGACCCCCCCUGACGCCGUCUGCAGAAUCAUGGAGUAUUCCAGUAGAAGAUCGAUUCUUUCAAAGCCCAUCUUCGAUGCGGCCGCGGAAAGUUUCGUUUCCCAGGCUGACGUUCUCACCCCCGACCAGAUCUCUCGGAUGAUCGUACCAUUGGGACAACUCAAUUACCUACCACCUAAUGCUUCUUCCCUCUUUAGGAAGCUCGAAAAUACGCUGAGCUCUCGCUUCGGUACAUUUCCACCACGGACCCUGUUGGAUAUUCUUCACUCAUGCACUCUCAUUGGCCGCUACCCGGUGAAUUUUAUGUCAAAGAUAUUUAGCCCCUGUUUCCUUCAACAUUUACAAGCCCAAGAUUCAGGCUUGAAUCAUUUGGUCCUAUCCCAGCUGACCCAGCUUUUUUUAACAGUGAUCCUGGAAUGUCCCUUCUAUAAGGGUCCUAAACUUCUUCCAAAGUAUCAAGUGAAGUCAUUUCUCACUCCAAGUGGUUCCCUGGAGACCCCUGUGGAUUUUCACCUCUACAAAAGUGUGAAGAAAGGACUUGUCUGUCUUUUAGGAGCAAGAGCUUAUUUUGCUUCAAAAGUAUUGACCCCUUAUUGUUACACAAUAGAUGUUGAGCUUAAACUUAAUGAAGAAGGAUUCGUAUUACCAGUUUCAGGAUACGAUGAAGUGCAUAAAAGAAUAGCUCUUUGUAUUGAUGGUCCAAAGAGACUUUGUUUCAAUAGCCAACAUUUAAUAGGAAAAGAAGCCAUUAAACAGAGACAUCUUCAAUUACUUGGGUAUGAAGUUGUGCAGAUUCCAUAUUAUGAGGUUGAGAUUUUACAAACAAGACGUGCGGUAAUGGAAUAUCUACAAAAAAAGCUCUUUCCUCACACUUAUGGACUCCGUCAGUGACAAGAAUGAAAUAUCGCAGAAGAAUCUGGGUGCUUAGUUCAAGAGCCAGUGCAUGUUUUGUUUUGUUGUCUGUCUCCCCCUUCUAGGCUGUGAGCCCGUUAUUGGGUAGGGACCGUCUCUAUAU